UUAUUUUUUAUUUAUUUAUCCCGCUUGUUCACUGUAAAAAAAAAAAAAGAAAUGGCAGACUACAAUACACUUGUUGAUGUUGUGGAUGAUGAGGGGAGAGAGGAGCUGGUCAAACAUGUGCUAGAGUUGCAAUCGCAGUUACGAGACAUGAUAUCACGUGUAGAUAACGCUAGAAAAGAGCAUCAAUCACUCACGACUGAAAACCAAUUACUUCAGAAAUACAUCAACAACUCCCUGACGUCGACGGCUGUGUUUGGGGCUACGAAUGGGGCAAUUAAUUCGAAUAUGAGUUUACGUCAAGCCGAAUCACCUAAAUGAUAAAAAACUCCUGAAGGGUUUUCUCCUCCUAUUAAACAAGAGAGAAAUGAAAGAUAAGAACGCACACACCACACACGUUUUUGUAAAGUAAAUAAAGGAGGUUUUUCACCCGCCAUAAAAGAUAAUUAGAAGGUGGGAAAAAGUAUCAUUUGAUAUUAAACUUUUUUUGCAUUAAUAUUACAUGGUAGGGAGUAAUUCCCCUUAUAUAUAUUUAUUGGGUGUGUACUCCCCGUUUUCAACCAAGUCUCUCUCUCUCUCUCU